AGGACUUGUGCUGUGGGAAUGGUGGGCAGUCUGCCCCUUCUGCCUCCUCCACAGGACAGGUCUUAGUGAGAAGAUAUGGUUUGAUGUCAGGCGGCACCUGUACGAGAGGGUCUGAGGGCCCCAUGGAGGGCCUCAGGUCUCACAAUACCCCUCCCUUGUCUCAUGGCCAGAAAGGCUUUUAAUGAUCAAGAUCUAAGAGGAUUUGCAGGGGGUCACUGCUGACUAUACUUUAAAAACAAAUUCUCUUGGCAGAGGAUCUCAUAUACAACCCAUGGGGGAGACAAUGGGGUAGGUGUGUGAGGGACAAGAGGGAACACUCAGAGGGGCAAAGUUGAAAGCUGAGGUAAAAGAGCAGCCAGACCAACUGGUAGUUGGACAGUAAGCUAUGGUAAAGGAGCAUUUCCACAAACAUGCAGUUGUGGGAUCUCAAAUAUGACAAAGAAAUCCCCAGUCCUGCCUGAUGCCCAAGAGCUUUGGAUCCACAUGCUCAUGUGAAAUGUGGAUUUUGGAAGCCUGUGCAUUUAUUAGAGACGGAAACUUGCCUGUCAUGCACUGUCAAUAGUCUUCCCUACUUGGUUGGAAUGCUAGUGGCUGAGGUCUUGUCAGUGAUCCCUAAAGGGGGGUCCAGGCGAACCACACAAUGUUUAUCCCUUCGGAUUUCCCUUGUUGGUUUCUAUUAUCUCUCCAGCUCCAGAACAAAAUGUUGCCAGGGACUCACUUGAAAGCUUGCUGGAAAGAAUGACUAGAACCCGCCUUGUCAUGACCCUGGUAAGAGGGCAUGGAAAUCAGAUCACAGAAUGUGGGUAAACGUUUCCCACUUUUAAAGGACAAUUCACAAGUGACAGUAGUUCCCUGGUUCUCAUGUAGCUGGUUAAUUUUUCAAGGGAGAUAACUACGCAAUUGGAAGAUCUCAAAGUUUCUUUCCAGCUCUGACCCCCUGUGUUUCCUUGAUGUAGAAGUUCAGGAGCAGCUCUGCCUGUCAUCCCAGAGAGCUGUGGUCCUCACACCAGGCCCUAGCUUAACAGCACCUUCCUCAGAACUUGUCUUAUGCCUCUCAUGUUUGAAUGUAUCACCUCGCCCAGACAGGAGCCUUAAUAAAUGUUUAUUUAAUGAAACUCUCCAUGACUCUGAGUUUUAGAGUGAUUUGGCAGUCAAAAGCAAGAGGGUCCCAGGCUCCUGUCAAAGAAAGGAGGAGGGGUAUUUAUAGAAACCUUGUAAGUAAAGGCUCAGAGAUGCAUGGGGAGGAAGUAAACCUUUUCCUGGGAGGCCUGUGGGGCAGAACCAGCCAAGCUGGAGAGAUGUGGGGGAGGCAUGAGGGAGAACUCCCAGGUAAGGAUGUCUGUGGGUCAAUGAGGAAUCAGAAUGUUGGUACAGAAAACCAAGACACAAGUCUGAAAGGAUGAAUUUGGAAGCCUUGCAAUCAACUAGAAGCAAAGAAGGUUUAGCAAGGAACUGAGGUAAUGAAAACUGACUUGAAAAACAGCGUGGCUGCAGCGUGUAAGACAAACUGAAAGGCAAGGUAUGAGAAGGGUUGCGGGGAGUAAAAUCUGAACAAAGGUAGAAACUGCAAAUUCAGGCCACAGGUUUGUAGUGAAGCAUCUACAAACUCCAGGACACACUUCUAGGAGUGGGAUACAGCCAUGAAGGAGAAGACAUAGUACCCUGGCCUUGGAGAACUCACCUAGAAGGAGAGGUCACAGAAGGAGGAGGAGGACUUUUAAGAUCAAGUAGCCCAUUUUAUUAGGUAAGGGGUUUGAGGAAACUUACAAAAACACAUCCAACUCAUAAGGAUAAAUGUAAAUGAUUGUAUCUAUUAUCCUUGACCUCUCUUUAGAUAAAACAGUGAGUUGUGUACAACUGAUCUUAUAAAUUCAUUCAGUGUCAGCUAUGGCCUGGCACCAAAGCAUGACUAGGCAAAGGCAGUCCCAGGAAGCAGCCCCCUGUGGGGACCCAAAAUCAGAAGGUGCAGCAGGGAGACCCAAGGUAGCUGGGUCACGUUUCUCUGCAAGUGGGACAUGAAGGAAGGAUGGACCAGGUGUACUGAAGAUGGAGAGAGGAAGGGCAGGCUUGGCACCUGGCCUCAGGCCCAGGGAGGCUGCGUACUCUGAACAGGUCAUCCCCAUGCUGCAAGGUAGGGUUUGGUAGGGUCUGGCCAGGCCAGGGGGGCACUCCUGCAAGGCUAGGGCCUGUUUCCCCACCAUGCAGAGGGUCAAGGCUGCACCAUGACAUUGGGAGCCCUUUCUGGCACUGCAGGGCCCAGAGUGUGUCCUGAACCCAAGGCACCAGGACACUCAGGCUCUGCUGUGUUCCCAGCAGACUUUGCCCUGGCUCAGACUGGGGACUCUGGGUGUAGGACUGGUAUUUCCUUAUCCUGAGGUUGUGGGGCAGUAAGUGAAGGUAUUAGGAUACCUGUAGCUCCACACAGAAAAGGAACACAGGCCUGGUUCAUCAGGAUGCCAAAGGCCCUGCUUGGUGCCGGGCCCAGUGUGGGAUGCCCCAAUGAAUGAAGUGUAAAGACCACUCAGCAAACAAAUGCCUGGAGAUCCAGGCAUUUGAGAUGGCAUUUGAAGGAACAUGGCACUUGAGGGCCGUGUGUGUGUGUGUGUGUGUGUGUGUGUGUGUGUGUGUGUGUGUGUGUAUGUUUGGGGGUGUGAAGGUAUUCCUGGCACAGAGGACAUACCAGGAAUCCCUAUGAAGUUCUAGGAUCUUCCUACCUUCCUCUACCACCACUCAAAGUCUUCUGUUCAACUAACCUGUCUGUGUGGCCCAUUAGAAUGUUCUACUGAGCAGGAAAACCAACAUGCAAGGAGGAAAGAAUUUGAAAGGACCUUUCCAGCUGUGGUAUUCGGAGGUCUGAAAAGCUUACUUCUUUAAAGGCUUUAAAUUGUUUUUCCUGAGCUCAAGAAACAGAAGAUGGUUUUGGAAAUGCUGAACCCAAUGCAUUACAACAUCACCAGCAUGAUGCCCGAAGUCAUGCCUGUGGCCACCAUGCCAAUCCUGCUGCUCACUGGCUUUCUUCUUUUGGUUUGGAAUUAUGAGGACACAUCUUCAAUACCAGGUCCUGGCUAUUGCAUGGGAAUUGGGCCCCUCAUUUCCCACUGCAGGUUCCUGUGGAUGGGGAUUGGCAGUGCCUGUAACUAUUACAACAAGAUGUAUGGAGAAUUCAUGAGAGUCUGGAUAUGUGGAGAGGAAACACUCAUUAUUAGCAAGUCCUCAAGUAUGUUCCAUGUAAUGAAACACAGUCACUACAGCUCCCGAUUCGGCAGCAAACUUGGGUUGCAGUGCAUCGGCAUGCAUGAAAAUGGCAUCAUAUUUAACAACAAUCCAACCCUCUGGAAAGCUGUUCGACCUUUCUUUACAAAAGCUCUGUCUGGCCCUGGACUCGUGCGCAUGGUGACAAUUUGUGUUGAAUCCGUCAUAACACAUCUGGACAGGUUGGAGGAGGUCACCAACGAACUGGGUUACAUCGACGUGUUGACCCUCAUGAGGCGCAUCAUGCUAGACACCUCUAACAUGCUCUUCCUGGGGAUCCCACUGGACGAAAGUGCCAUUGUGGUUAAAAUCCAGGGUUAUUUUGAUGCGUGGCAAGCUCUCCUUCUCAAACCAGACAUCUUCUUUAAGAUUUCUUGGCUAUACAGAAAAUAUGAAAAGUCUGUCAAGGAUUUGAAAGAUGCCAUGGAAAUUCUAAUAGAAGAGAAAAGACACAGAAUUUCCACAGCAGAGAAACUGGAAGACUGUAUGGAUUUUGCCACUGAGUUGAUUUUUGCUGAGAAACGCGGUGACCUGACAAAAGAGAAUGUGAACCAAUGCAUACUGGAAAUGCUGAUCGCAGCACCAGACACCAUGUCUGUCUCUGUGUUUUUUAUGCUUUUUCUUAUUGCAAAGCACCCUAAGGUUGAAGAGGCAAUAAUGAAGGAAAUACAGACUGUCGUUGGUGAAAGAGAAAUAAGGAUUGAUGAUAUGCAAAAAUUAAAAGUGGUGGAAAACUUUAUCUAUGAAAGCAUGCGGUACCAGCCUGUUGUGAACUUGGUCAUGCGCAAAGCCUUACAGGAUGAUGUCAUAGAUGGCUAUCCAGUGAAAAAGGGGACUAACAUUAUCCUGAAUAUCGGAAGAAUGCAUAGACUUGAGUUUUUCCCCAAGCCCAAUGAAUUUACUCUUGAAAACUUUGCAAAGAAUGUUCCUUACAGGUAUUUUCAGCCAUUUGGUUUUGGGCCCCGUAGCUGUGCAGGAAAGUACAUCGCCAUGGUGAUGCUGAAAGUCAUCCUGGUUACACUUCUGAGACGAUUCCACGUGCAGACUUUGCAAGGAGAGUGUAUUGAAAAUAUGCAGAAAAAACAUGGCUUGUCCUUACACCCAGAUGAGACUGGCAACUUGCUGGAAAUGGUUUUUACCCCAAGACAUUCAGAAAAGUGCCUCAACACUAAAGAAGGUUGAUCAGUACCUACUCUGGAGCAUUUCUCAUCAGUAGUUCACAUGGAAAUCGCCCGUCUUUACCAGGUAGUAUCAUCCUCACAGUGGACAUUUGGUGGCCUGUGCCAUUUUAUAGGCAUACCUCAUAUGGGCUGUCAGCAAGCCAGGAAACAUUGGUUGUCUGUUCUUGUCCAAACCAUAGAACCAGACUUCCAAAGAAAAUAGAGGCCAACAGUUUGCAGGGGAAAUAGUCAAUUACACAAAACAGGCUUUGAAAAAGAUAGGCCAUGAGCAAAACUUAUGUCCUCCUUCCCACAAAAUCUCCACUGCCCUGCCCCAAGAACAUUUUAAUGUCUGGGGCAGAAGCACUCAAGUCCAUUAGAAAGACCAGGCUGGUGUCUGGGUAUUUAGGGCCAAACAUACCUGCUAAUGUGAAUAAAAGUGUUUUGAUUUAGUUUUUAGUGGUAGGGUCUACAACAUUCAUAUUCUUUGGAGAAAUGCUUACAAAUUCAGCAUUUGACUUUUCCUAUGAAUUAUUCAAUUAACUCUUGAUUAUCCACAGGUGACUUGUCUGUGGCAAAAGUUAAAUAGGAGACUCUCCUUUCCCAGUCUCUCAGUUCAUGCCUCAGCCAAUUACCUCCACUACAAUAGAUAUCAAUUUGGGUGAUACAGAGUAAUUUAGUAAUAGCCUAAGUAAAAUAUAAUUAGGACCACCCACCUGUUAUAGGGGAAAAAAUCACACAAUGCAUUUCAAAUUCAAAUAAAAAUUAUUUUCUUCAUGUUUGCAUCCUUGGUUAGCUCCACUAGUGCUAACCAAGAGAUGCCUUUAAAUAAUGGCAUCUAUUAACUCUUAUAACAGCCCCCAGUGAUUUGAGGCAGGAAAAGUCCUCUAUAUCUACAUCUAAUUCUCCAACCCAGUGGGCUCAAACCCAUUCCAUCCUCUUUCUCCCUCAACAGUCUCCCCUUCUCUUUCUUUCCCUGAUCCCAAAGUCAAUAGCAACAGAUCAGUGGAGAAUAUGGUCAGGGUAGAACCCCUGCAAUCAUCUUUUAUCCUACCUCGGAUUUAAUAGUUAUCUUAGAGAUUUAACAGCUAUUGAGUUUAUUGAAUCAUUACACAUAGCCAUGGAUAAAAUGCACACCUUAUAAUUAGCUCUUUAAAGAGAAUCAAGUAGAUCAGUUAAUUUUCCAAAUACCACUUUACUUGUGUUACAUAGCCAAUAUGAUUCUAUCUGCUGAAUGCCAUUUAAAAAUUAAAAAUCAUUUGCAAAAAUUAAGCUCAUUACCACUGAGUCAACCACCAUCUCCACAUUUGAAUAUUCUCUUCAUCCUCCUGUUUGGCAAUAAAAUAACAACUGAGUAUAAAAUGAGAGUGUAAGCUCCUUGAGAGCAGCUCUUUUCUUUCUCUUAUAAUCCAUCCCAAUCCCCCAUUCUGACUCCCCAGAAGGAAGGAUAGCACUGGAUAGACACUCUUGCUCAUAGAACCCCUAACUGACACCAGAAUCCAACUAAAGAGAAGGCAGGUAUUCUAAGAUUUCAAGGAUAGGUAAUAGUAAAGAGGAAAAUAUUUGAACUUGGAAUUAUUUGGAUCCAUAUGGCCUCAACAUACACAUAAAUAUGCCUAUGUACUUGAAUAUAUCCACAGUUGGGUCUGGACAAUCAUCCAAAUAGUUCAGUCCCCUGAAAUAACGGCCAGGAUUUUAGAUUUUAAUGUAUCUAAGUUAAUUCUUUUGAUGACUGUUAACACAUACUUUGCCUCUGGCUGGAGCUUCACAGUAGAGGAAAAGACUUCAGAUUAGUGUACUUCACCCAUCCAGUUCCCUUGGAACAUCUAUUGUAUUUUGUAUGUAUAUAUGUAUCCAAGGCCUAUGUUUACAUGAUCAAAGUCAAACGGAGGGUUUAUAUAGUUGUAUAGCAAUAUUGUGGAUACAAAAAUAUUCUGGGCAAAAACUAGGGGUGGGGGUGGGAGCAGGGGAAGAAUAGGAAGAGGGCAAAUGCUGGUUUGAAUGAUCCAAGCAAACUCUUUCAGAAUCAAAUUAUCUGGGUAAUCAUUCAAAUUUUCUCUCUGCUUAGCCUGUACCGACAAAUCCCAUAUGUUUGUACAGGCUUGGCCUAAAGUAUUUGGAAUACCGUUGAUUUUUCAUUAGGCUUAUCAACAUAUAUUUGAAAAUCCUGUUUUCUCUUCAGAAUUUUGCCUCAUUGUCCUGUACUUGUUACUCUUGAAUGUGCCGUGGAUUCUGUUUUUACUAGUUUUCAAAGAACUGGAGUAUAUAAAUUGUCAGUGAAAUGCAUGCAUUAUAAGGGCUCUAUUAUUGUAAAAUUGUGAGGACAAUUGUGCCCUCCCAUCCUCAGGUGUACUGGACACCCCCCUCGGCCUUUAUUGACAUCCCACUUUUUCCUACUCCAAGUGGAAAACAAUCACCUACAGAAAGCCCCACAUAUCAAGAAAUGUCAGUCGGAAGUUGUCACUUUUAUUUCUAAACAUCACCUUUUGCCUGUCGUGGUGCUAAUAUUCUAGUAAGUGUGUGGCCUUUGCCCACUAAAAAGAAUACUAACUGGAACCUCCUCAA